CACGCGCAGACCAGGACAGCCAUGUCCGACGGUGCAUGGACCAUCCGACGAACAAUGUACACAUACUUCUUAUGGCUAAUCACGCUCUUCGUUAAAUAGCCCGUCAAGAAUGGACUACGCGCCAUUUCCCUUCUCCUCUCGCAACCUUCACCUUGUCCCGCAAUGCUUCUCACUCCUCCCGGCCUCGCACCUCCGUCUCAUCAGAGGCCUCGCAUAGAACGACCGCUAUGCACGCGUGAGUGCGCUCGCGGACCAAGCCGUCACUGCGGCGGUAGGACUGGCGGACACCUCGCGGUAGGGGACAUCCGUAUCACCUACAUCUCCCUCCUGGCCCCUUUCUACAAGAUCCUGGAUGACAAUUCCUGGAGGUCCAAAGUGCGCCAGCCCUCUCGACGCUCAUCGACUGUUCGCUCGCGCUCUGUCGCAUCCCCUCGGUCACGGCAAUCGACUAUCGCAUCCCCAUCCUGUGCCUCUACCACCAACGGCCCCAAAAAACGACCCUGCAUCGUUGCCAAUGUGGGCCAAUCCAGCGCCGAAGUCUGCAUCAUGGGUACGUUUGAAGGGGCCUUCGUAGACAAGAUCCACAAGGACCUUCGACCCCACCUCGCCAUCCUCGUCUCGCGCAAGAGCAAGCACAAAGGCGAUUGGCUGCAGGACAGCAAGAUGAGGCAUCUUCAUAGCCAACCGGAGUGGUAUCAGUCGAAAGGCAACGUCCAGUACAUCGUCCCUCUCAUGCACGACAUUAGCCUGGAUGACAUCAAAGAUCGAUGGUUGGCUUCCAGCCGCCAGAAGAUCAACGGGGCCGAGCCACGCAGUCCUGAUAGCUUGGCUGUCGAUCCACCCCCAGAAGGAUAUUACAUGGACGAACGCAACCUGCUCGGCUUGUACGAUUACGCAGAAGAAACGGCCCGACAGCUGAAGUAUCUGUCUGGCGACAGGGCGUACAGACGAAGACUUCGACGGAUACUCGAUGAGAAGAUGGCAACUAGUAAAGAGCCGGAUCAGAGCAACGCGUCUGUCAAGACGUUCGAUUCGUACGCCCCGUCGAUCGACAGCGUCCUCUCGCACGCGGCCGCGCCCUCGAUCAUCGAGAACACCCCGUCGACGCCCGAGGAACCAUCGCGCUGGCGCGCUUCGCUCAAACGCAUGUCUACUGCCCUCUCCAUGACAUCCACCUCGAUCCAAACGACGGCGGGCAAACGCUGCUCCGUCUCCGACGACCAGUGCCCCAAGACGCCGAAGGCUGCGAAGCAGGGAUUUGACACGUCGUCGAUUCAGUCCAAGAUCUCCAAGCGUCCAAUCUCGCUCAAGGAAUCGCCAAAGGCCAACAUUCUUCCACCUUCGAUCGCAUCACCAAACCAGUUCGCGGCUCUCACAUGCCAGUGAGCGUGCUGCGGUAUACUUCACAGACAACAAGACCGACUGCAGGCAGUCUCAUCCGGUCUUCGUCGCAGACGCGGGGUCUUCGCACGCCGCACGCGCGAGAAAGUCGCAGGCAGGCACUGUGUAUAACUAUAACGGACAUUGCUACACUCUCCUAGCUUCCACUCUCACUCCGAUUGCAGACCCGACUCCCACUCUCCUUGCCGCGUUGACGCUGUAGCAUCCCUCUUUUGACGCGCUCUAUGAUAUCAUCCCUGUGACUCGCCUUGUAGCAUACUGCUCACAUCGGACGCCGUUGCGUUUACUAUCAUAUCCUGUAUAUUAGCAUUGUCCUCUGUAGCAUAGCUGCAGAGUAUCUAUGAAUGGUGAUUACGAUGAC